GUGGCCGUGUGUGGUAACUGAGCGAGUGGCGGCGACCGUGGCUCCCUUGUCGGUAGCCUUGGGCCGAGGAGACGGCGGCGACCACGACAGCGGGGACGGCGGCCGACGUGGCGGACUGUCGUCGGGCGGAGGAGUUUCUCCUCGGCCCCGAUUCUGUAAUGAUGAAUGGGUCCAAUGUCGCCAACACAACACCCAACACCAAAUCAAAAGAGGACCAGGUGGUGAAUGGGCACGAUGAGAAGGAAAACAACCCCUUUGCAGAGUACAUGUGGAUGGAGAACGAAGAGGAUUUCAACAGGCAGGUGGAAGAGGAGCUUCAGGAGCAGGAAUUCCUUGACCGCUGCUUCCAGGAAAUGCUGGACGAAGAAGACCAGGACUGGUUCAUUCCCUCCCGGGACCUCCCGCAGGGGAUUGGGCACCUGCAGCAGCAGCUAAACGGACUCUCCGUCAGCGACGGCCGCAGCUCGGAAGACAUUUUGAGCAAAAGUAACCUGAAUCCCGACGCCAAGGAGUUUAUUCCGGGAGUGAAGUAUUGAAUCUGACCGAAGCCUUUGAGAGUCUAAAGACCAGUCCCCGCCUUUCCCGCCAAGCUGCACCCGCUCUGCCAAGAUGGUGGCCCUGGCACUGCCCAGGGUGGGGCAGGGCUCGUGGAACAGCGCAGUGGAUCAGUUGCCAGAAUCGAGCGGGGAGAUGGACACCGGGGCCAACUGGCAUGUCAGGAUCCCGGGAAACCGCUCAAUGCCCAAGCCGGAGAGCGGGCCCCAGCUCUUCGUCCGAAUUCCAGGAGGAUUCCGAAACAGAGGCCUUCCGUUCCCGGGCAUCGGGUGGAGGGGGUGUUCCUGUCUAGGUCACGAUGGAGGAGUUGAAAACUUAAAAAAACAAUUUUCCAAAAAAAAAAUGUCAAAAAGGAGAAAAAAAAUGGGUCAGUUACUUUUUCUGAACUUUGCUAUCCAAACCAAAUGGCAGCUCUUGAAAUAUCAAUAAAACAAAGACGGCUUA